CUAAAACUCCAAAAUGACUCGGAGAUGGAUCUUGGUCGCCGUGAUGGCAAUUCUAGCGCAGGCGACUGCUGAAGGUGGAUUCCGACUUCCUGAUCAGCCACCGAAGGAGGAAACAGAAGGAAGAUCGCUGAAUUUUGGAGACGAUGACCGCGGAAGAUCGCCACAAGCAUCAGGGCGAGGUCUGCUGGCUGACUGGCUGGGUUUCGGAGACGACCAGGAUCCUUACAUCCAGCAAGCCACGCAGCAGUGCGUCAGUGGAGACCUGGCUGAUUGCUUCAAAGCCCAGGCUUUGAGGUCCUUCGACGACUUCUUCGACAAACAGGCUUACCAACUUUCAGACAACGCACUACUAGUCAAGGUGGAGUCCCAAGCCAGAGCCUUAUCCAGAGAGCCUCCAACAUUUGAAUCCCAGCCAAGAAGCGAAGACUCCGACUGGGACGCUCUCGUCAAAUAUGGAAUGAGGAAGAUCGAAAGGUUUUUGAGAUCCACUGCUCUGGAGUUUGACUUGGACGAUGAAGUAACAGCCAACGGUGUCAUCGCCCCUAGGUUCUUGGAGGAUGUUAAUGAUGAUUUGGAAAUCAUUCAGGACAAGAAAGCGCCUUUCCGUCGCCACAAGCUCAAGAAGCUCAUCGUGCCCAUGCUGCUGAUCCUGAAGCUGUUCAAGCUAAAGCUGUUGCUGUUCCUGCCGCUCAUCCUUGGCCUGGCCAGCUUCAAGAAGUUCCUGGGAUUCAUGGCUCUUAUCGUGCCAGGUCUAAUCGGCUACUUCAAGUUCUGCAAGCCCAACUCCUCCCCGUUCUCGUCCAGCCACUACACAGGCCCGCAGUACUCGCCCGCUGGUAUCGGCCUCGGACCGUACAGGGAGCACGGACAGUACGGACACUAUGAUACUUAUGCUGGCCAACACUACGGGCACGGAGGAGGAGGAGUAGCCUUCAGAGAGAGCGAGCACCCUCAAGACCUGGCUUACCAGGGCUGGGGGGAGUACAGGAGUAAGAAGAACGAUAUCAAAGUUGAGUAG